AUGGCCAGCUUAUAUGCUGCAAAUGGCAUACUGUUAAAAGGCGUGUUUCGAAGAUCCAAAUUUGGUGGAUUUAUAGCGUUCAACGGACUGAGUAUAAAUAAAUGGAAAAUUCGCUGUUACAGCGACAACAGUGAUGGUUGUAGGGCUCCAGAACCUCUCAAUACCUCACCUAUAGAGUUCUCAUCAAACAUAUCGGCUCAACAUGCAAAAAAACAGGGUCGAAAUAUAGCCAAUUCAGCCCUGGAGGCUCUCAGCUGCACAGAUGACAUAACGACCCAACAAACGCCAAAUAUUCCCUUUGAGGUGAAGCCUGUGGAUAACAAACAGCGUAUAAAGCUACGCGGCUCCGAUACUUCGGCUCUGACUCAAAAAGGGGCCAAAAAACUGUUAAAGUCAUAUGUCCAGCUGUCUAAACCGAGACUUACAGUUCUAGUGAUGCUCAGUUGCAUAUGCUCCUAUGCGCUGAGCCCAUCAGCGGCAACGGUCACGGAACUUAUGUCGCUAACGGCGGGUACAGCACUCAGCUCUGCUGCCGCCAAUGCCAUAAACAUGGGUCGGGAACCGGACUUCGAUAGGAGAAUGGUGAGAACCCAAACCAGGCCCGUGGUUCGCGGCGUCCUGACACCAAAGCAGGCGUACAAGUUUGCAAUGCUUACAGGGUCACUUGGGGUGUCUAUUCUUUACCUGGGAGUUAACACCACAGUUGCUGCUCUGGGUGCCACAAAUAUCGCCUUGUAUGCAUGGGUUUACACAUCGUUAAAGCGGAAACACAUAAUUAAUACGUGGGUUGGUGCAAUUGUGGGCGCUCUUCCACCACUCAUGGGCUGGUGCGCUGCCAACCCACUCAGUGACCCAGGUGGAUGGUGUUUGGCCGGGUUUUUGUAUGCCUGGCAAUUUCCACACUUUAACACCCUCAGUCACAAUAUCCGAAACGAAUACAAAGAUGCUGGCUACGUGAUGACGUGUUGGAAAAACCCUAAGUUGAACGCCCGGGUUGCUUUCAGGUACUCAUUACUGAUGUUCCCGUUGUGUUUCGGUCUAUCCUACUACAACGUUACAGACUGGUAUUACCAGCUAGAUUCAUUCAUUGCAAAUGCAUGGCUUUCAUUCUGGGCAAUGAAGUUUUGGUGGCAACAGAGGUACAACUACUCUGAAAAGAUACUGAAGGACAGAAUUAAGUUCAAUAAAGGUGUUGCGCUGGCAAAUGUUUAUGCUAGAAAGACUUUCUGGGUGAGCGUAUUGCAUUUACCAGCGGUUUUGAUUUUGGCCAUUUUGCACAAGAAAGGCCGUUGGGAUUGGCUGUUCGAAAGCGAAGCUGAUAGGACGAAAUUACGUGUAUAA